AUGGCGACGCUCGCAGAAGGCAAGUCCGAUAUCCGCCGCCGAGUCUGGGAGCCACUCCUGAAAGUAGCCCGGCCCGACUCCCGCCACCACUUCGACUUUAGCAGCUUCAUCACCGACUUCAGAGGCUCCGACCAGGCCACGGCUCGACUCAUCCAGCUCCCUGCCUACACCAACAGCGACGUCCUAUUCAUCACCCCCGACAACUGCCUCGAGGACCUCCGCCUUCAGGCUCUGCGAGACGGCAAGACGAUCCUCAUGACCACGUACGGCAUCCGACGGGGCUUCUGGGUCCUCGACCCGCGCCGCAUCCCCCGAGAUGACUAUCGCUUCGCCGCCAUGCUCGACGGCAUGGAGCGCCACGGGCGGCCGGUCAGCCUGGCCGAUAUCAUCGCCACGGGCUGGCGCAUCCCCUUCAUGGUCACUGGGACGGGGGCCAUCAACUUCCGCGGCGUGCGUUUCGGCAAGGGCCACGGCUUCUUCGACCUCGAGUGGGCGAUGCUGUACGUGCUCGGCGUCGUAGAUCAGGAGACGGUUGCUGCGGCUGUGGUGCAUGAUUGCCAGAUGCUGGAGGAAGAGCUGCACCCUGAGGUGUUUGAUACCGUGUGUGAUGUCGUUGUGACGCCUACUCGGACUAUUGAGGUCAAGGGCGUGCGGAAGCCAACUUGUGGGAUUUUAUGGCCGGUCUUACAGCCAGGGAUGAUAGACAGUAUCCCGCCCUUGCAGGAGCUGAAGGCGAUGGGCGGGAGUUUUAGUAGAGUUUAG